AUGUCUUCUUCUCCUUCUUCUUCAUCAUCAUCAUCAUCAUCUUCUUCUUCUGAAGAUGGCAAUGGCAAUGGUGCAAGAAGAGGUGGUGAUUUCGAAGGGCCAUUGUUGACUCGUAGACGUGCCAAUAAUGAAAUAUGGCCAGGGCCUUUUGUUGAAGAUCUUGUGGUUCAAGUCGCCAUCGAUGCUUCUCGUUCUCUUGGUCGCCUUGCUGCUGCUGCUGCACUUGCCAACGUGUUUCAGGUUUGUUCCACGUGGCAAGCUACCUCUCGCUCUGAUCCACUGUGGAACCGUCUCACCAGCGUCAUAUGGGGCCGGACCCAUCGCAUGCACGCUACGUGGCGUGAGGAAUACAUUUACCGUCAUCAAACAGCUCAGAAUUUUCGUGCUGGGAGAUCACUUCACGAGACCCUCCACUUCGAUCCAUCCGACGUGGACACCCCAGAUGGGCUGACGUGCCGUUGCCUUACCCUCUCUGACACCCACCUUGCUUGCGGCUUCGCUGAUGGCACCGUCCGCCUCUUCGAUCUCGCCACCCGCCUACACGUCAGUACCUUCCGUCCCCACCACCGCGACCGCUUCGGCCGUUUCUCACGCGCGGUAUCUGGCAUUGUGAUUACCGACCCCAGGCUCAUUUUCGCCACCCUGGAUGGCGACAUCCACGUUGCGGUCAUAGACGGGGAGCCCCAUGCGCGCAGGGCCCACAUGGGUAACGUUUUGGACGAUGGUGCCUUGGUGGACUUCACCGGUUGUGAGCGCUGGUGGGUGGGCCUUUAUGCAGGGGUCCCGGGCCGGGCUUUCCACAUUUGGGACGGUAACACUGAAGAGCUCGUCUACGUGAACGCCACUUUGACUGACCCAGGAGCCGUAAUGGGGUGGCACAUGUUGACUGAGUUGACUGAAACCAUAGGCCGAGUCAGGGUGACGGGUCAGGAAUCGGCCGUGGCAUGUACGAGUUUGAGGUACAUGGUCUUGGACUUGAGAAAUCCGGAGUUUCCAUUGCACGACCGACCGUGUAGGAGAGAACUUGUAGUGAAUUCUUUCGAUGCCAACGACGAGGCGUUCAUUAUGGUGGACAACCGUGGACGGGCUAUCGUGCGCCGGGUGGAUACGUUGGAGGAGGUCUGCAGGUUUAACACGGGGCAGGGAAUCGUCAUGGGGUGCAUGAACUUAGGAUACGCGCUAUUGUGCGCCGCGGGUGUAAUAAGGGUGUGGGAGAUAGAGCAUGAGCAUGAUGGGCGACGCUUGUAUACUUUCAGCGAGAACAUUGGGGUUGUCAACGCAAUGGUGGCAGAUGAAAGGCACGUGGCGGCAGCGAGUGGUGACACGACGAUACACUUAUGGGAUUUCGGUGCACAGUAGAGUAGAGUGAGUAGGGCUAGAGAUUUUAGGGCCUAGGUGGGUAGGGGGCGAUGGUGACAGGAGCGUGAGGUUAGGGCAUAGGGAGGAAGGGAAGUGAGUCAGAGGAAAAUGUACUUUGGGUGGGAAAGUGACAUUGAUAGAAGAGAAGAAGGGGGAUGUAGAUGGGCGUGGGAUACGCUGUUUUGGGGACUUUUUAUGUUUCAAAAAAAAAAAUCAAAGUGGGGAGUGUCGAGUGUUGACUCGUGACUUCCCCAAGGGAACUGGUUUUGGUGUUUUUGACCAAAAUUAACAAAGGGGUAAAAGGACGGAAGAACAAAGCCUUUGGGUCCGUAGCUCUCUUUUAGCUCUUGUCUCUUUCGAGUUGUGCCUUUCUUUUGUACUUGUAUUUGGCUCUAUUAUAUAUCUAUGGGGAAGGAAACAGCCAAGAAAAUGCUUUUUUUUUUUCAUUUCCUUUUUCUGUCUAAGUUUUAGGGGGGGGGAGAGGAGAGAGCUGGAAAUGGAAUUUGAUUGGGUAGGGGGAGUAGGCAAGUAGGGUCUCUAUGAUCGUUUUGGUAGUUGAGUAAUUGUAGGACUCCAUCCCACCACAUUUCGCUUCUUAUCAUGUAUUCUUUCUUUUAG